AUCUGGCUGCCCACUGUAGAAGGAAGAAUGUUUCCUGUUGGACUAUAUGCUCUCUGGUCUGAUCCAGCAGGGCUCUUCUAAGGUUCUUAACACCGCAUUGCCAAGCCAACCUGCGUAGCAUCACAUUCUAGCUCUGCAUACAUUUCAUUACAGCUCUGCAUAUCACGCUGGGGCUGUGAGAAACGCAUACAGAUCACGGAAGCCACCCUCUGUCGGUGCAUGCCGGGAAUUAGUUCCAGCCCUUCCCCCUUUCUGCCCAAUACAGCAGGCGGAGUCAAAGGGGCUUGCAGGGCAGCGGCUGGGCCGUUUUGCAAGGAAGCGAGCGAGCGAGGUCGUCUCGUCGCUCACCGGAAUGCCGGCGCCGGCCUUCUGUUCCAGCUGCGGGGCGCACCGCGCCGCGCUCCGUCGGCCCAAGACGGGCCAGGCGCUGUGCCGGGAGUGCUUCGUGGCGGCUUUCGAGGCGGAGGUGCACGGCACCAUCGUGGCGGCGCGCCUCUUCCAGCCGGGCGAGACGGUGGCCAUCGGGGCGUCGGGCGGCAAGGACUCCACGGUGCUGGCGCACGUGCUGCGGCUACUGAACGAGCGCCACGGCUACGGCUUGCGCCUGCUGCUGCUCUCCGUGGACGAGGGCAUCACCGGCUACCGGGACGACUCGCUGGCCGCCGUGCGCCGCAACCGCGGCCGCCUGGGGCUGCCGCUGCACGUGGUCUCCUACCAGGAGCUCUACGGCUGGAGCAUGGACCUCAUCGCCCGCCACAUCGGCCCCAAGAACAACUGCACCUUCUGCGGCGUCUUUCGACGGCAGGCGCUCGACCGAGGCGCUGCCCUGCUCGGAGCCGACAAGAUCGCCACAGGCCACAAUGCCGAUGACGUCGCUGAGACGGUGCUGAUGAAUUUCCUGCGGGGAGAUGUUGGGCGCCUUAGGCGCUGUGCAGAAAUACUGACAGGAAGUGAGGGGCAGCUGCCACGGUGCAAGCCGUUAAAGCACACCUAUGAGAAGGAGAUUGUGCUGUACGCUUACUUCCAGGGCUUGGACUACUUCAGCACUGAGUGCGUGUAUGCACCCAAUGCCUACCGUGGCCAUGCCCGCACCCUGCUCAAAGACCUUGAAGCCACGCGGCCCAGCACGGUGGCCGACCUGGUGCACUCGGGCGAGCGGCUGGCGGUGCGCGAGGACGUCCGCAUGCCCACUCAGGGCACAUGCCAGCGAUGUGGGUACCUCUCCAGCCAGCUCCUCUGUAAAGCGUGUGUGCUACUAGAAGGGCUCAAUCGCGGUCUCCCUCGGCUGGGCAUUGGCAAGCCCAGCCGCCUCCAGAAGGCUUUGUUGGAUGGGGAGAAGGCGGAGGCCAGCUUGCGGGAAGAGGAAGGCCCUGGGCAGGCAACCCAAGGCCCAAGGACAAUAGACUUCUGAGCCUGUCUUCUUUCAUGUCUCCAUCUCGCAGGUGGUAAAAAGUGACAGGUUUUAUGUCUCUGCCAAUGAGCUGUGGAGUUUGGAGGUGGGGGAGGCGUAGCCCUCCAGAUGCGUCUGGAUUACAACAUCCAUUAUCCCUGACCAUUGGCCACGCUGGCUGGGGCUGAUGGGAGUUCAACUUGCCGCUUGCUAGAGACAAACAACAUCUGGAGGACCACAGGCUGUCUAUCCCUGGUGCAGAUGUUGCUGUUUGACAAUGAAAGGGAAAGUACAGUAAGCUCUACACCACCCUUCCUCAACUUGGUGCCCUCUGGAUGUUUUGGACUCCAACUCCCAUCAGCCCCAGUCAGCAUGGGCCGUGAUCAGGGAUGAUGGAGUCUGAAAGCAUGCGGAGGGCACCAGGUUGGGGAAGGCUGCUUUAUGCAGUGGGGGCUGCAUACUGGUGAGCGUGCAUACAGAUACAACAGGCACAAGCAUCUCCCUUGUGUUAGGGCUGUUUUCCGGCGAGGGAAUAGCCUUUCCCUUAUUGAUGGGGAGUAGCUGGGAGCUUUUUUGUCUCUUAAAAUAUAUUUUAAAGCAUAUUACACUUGAGUUUUGACCAUCA